AUGGGUCGUCUAUUAUGCCACAAAAGGUCUCCUGCCCCACCUUCCCUUCCCUCUGCCUUUCAGCAGAAGAUAGACAAACCCAUGUUCACCUUCCAUGCUAAUCCCCCGAAUCACGGCGACAACGUCCCAUUAUCGCCAGCAGUCUCAAAGGGAGAUCGUUCUAAUGAGUCAAGGGCUCAAUGUCUUGUCGUUGGACUUCUGAUCAACAGGUCUCUGUUUCGCAUUGAACCCACAGCUGUGGCUUACAAGGCGGCUUUCAAGCGUGAAGUGCCUCUUGAUGAGUUGCCUUUCCGAGUUAACUUCAGGGGUAAACCCUACAAACCAGCUACCUUAGAGGAAAGUCUUGAGUACGUCAAAUCUGCAGGUUUGUUUAUUGUAUUUUUACACGCCGUAGAGUUCACAAAACUUUACCGAGGGAAGCCUGUCUGGUUUUAUCAUCGUCGGAAUUUUAAAGGACAUUUUCCGCCUAAGCGACCCCGAAAAUCCUGUACUCAUGGAGAUCGACUAAUAACCUCUAACCCCUGUCCCAUCUGCCGGGAUGAAUACCUUGUGCUGGACUAUCAGAAUGUAUAUCUUCUCAAACACUUCCUCCAUCCGCAAUCAGCAGAAAUUCUUGAACCCACAAUUACCGGUCUUUGUGAGAAACAACAUCACGCACUCCUCCUCGAGAUCGAAAAGGCCCGUGAUCUGGGUAGGUCAACUUUUCCCUCUUCAGUCAACACUUCAUAA